GCUGGCCACUCUAAAACCUUUCAUUGCUACAGAAAUAAACAGAAUUAAAGAAUAGCGAAAAUGCAAAAAUAUGAUAAGAUGGAGAAAAUUGGCGAGGGCACCUAUGGCACGGUGUUUAAGGGCCGAAAUCGCGAUACGAUGGAAAUAGUGGCUCUAAAACGAGUCCGCCUCGACGAAGAUGAUGAGGGUGUUCCAUCCUCUGCCCUGCGUGAAAUCUGUUUACUAAAGGAGUUGAAGCACAAGAAUAUUGUCCGUCUAAUAGAUGUUCUCCAUUCGGAUAAGAAGCUAACAUUGGUCUUUGAGCACUGUGAUCAGGAUCUCAAGAAGUAUUUUGACAGUUUAAACGGAGAAAUCGAUAUGGCUGUGUGUCGUAGUUUCAUGUUACAACUGUUGCGCGGCUUGGCCUUUUGUCAUAGUCACAACGUUUUGCAUCGUGAUUUAAAGCCACAAAAUUUACUUAUAAAUAAAAAUGGAGAAUUGAAAUUGGCGGAUUUCGGUUUGGCUAGAGCAUUUGGCAUACCCGUAAAAUGUUAUUCAGCCGAAGUGGUGACGUUAUGGUAUCGUCCACCGGAUGUACUAUUUGGUGCUAAACUAUAUACAACUAGCAUUGAUAUGUGGUCGGCUGGAUGCAUUUUAGCCGAACUAGCUGAUGCUGGGCGACCGCUUUUCCCUGGCUCCGAUGUGCUUGAUCAAUUGAUGAAAAUAUUCCGUGUGCUGGGCACACCAACUGAAGAUACAUGGCCAGGUGUAUCACAUCUCUCCGACUAUGUAGCGCUUCCAUCUUUUCCAGCCAUCAGUUCAUGGAGCCAACUGGUACCAAGACUUAACUCAAAAGGACGAGAUUUAUUGCAAAAACUACUCGUAUGUCGUCCCAAUCAGCGCAUCAGUGCCGAGGCUGCCAUGCAGCAUCCUUAUUUCACAGACAGCUCGUCUUCUGGCCAUUAGAAAAACCUCAACAAACCAAAAAUGCAAAUUCUACCAAUUUAUUAUGACUGUCUCUUAAUUAGAAUGUAAGGUGAACCCUUAUCUUGUACUAGUUAUAAAUGUGCAAAUUUUGUCCUUAGUUGUUUAAAUCUGUUCAUAUAUAUAUAAUUAAUAUAUGUACUAAAAUGAAAA